AUGGUGAAUGUGAGUCGACAAGUGGAACUUUCUAUGCUAUGGGUGGUCAAAGAUGGAGCUUGUCAUUUUUGGUACGACAAUUGGUUGGGUAAUGGUGCAUUAUUCCUCCAAGCGACGGUUAUCCCAAACUUAUCAUUUAGUAACUUUAUCAGUAAUGGACAUUGGGAUACGAGUCGGUUAUGUCAGUCACUGCCAAGUCAAAUGGUGACCUCCAUUUUAAACCACCCAGUCCCCGAAGAGGGGGGUGAAGCGGAAGUCAUAUGGAUGCCUACUUCUUCCGGAAAUUUCUCUCUAGCUUCAGCCUUUCGGGAUAUUAGGCAAGCCCGUAACACGUCAAUGGUGUUUGAUAGAAUUUGGCAUCCUUGUCUUCCUUUGAAAGUUUCUUUCUUCAUGUUAAGACUUUUGCUGGGGAGACUGCCAAUACCCGACAGUUUACGUAACAUUGGUUUCCAUCUUCCAUCAAAGUGUUUUUGUUGUCCAUUGCCAUCUGAGGAAUCAAUUGAACAUUUAUUUUCAAAUGGCAAUAUAGCAUCAACAAUUUGGAAUUAUUUUGGAGCUGCAUGUGGAUUCGAUUUGUCAGCGUCAUCUUUGAGACUCCGCAUAGUGGGUUGGUGGUUGAAAUCAUACGAUUCUGAGAUACGUCGGUUUAUUGGACGGGUUCUUCCCUGUCUUGUGUGUUGGCAUAUCUGGAAGGCAAGAAAUAAAGCAAUGUUUGACGAUGUUCAGAUGAGGUCGAUUGCCAUUUGUCAUGCCAUUUUCUCCGAAAUCCAAUCCAUGGUGGGAAUUUAUUUAAAAAAACCUCUCCGAGUACCAUCUUUUUAUCAUUUGUAUGACUGGCCUAAUUCAUCGGAGGUUGGGUUUACAUAUAAACUUGUACGAUGGGAAACAAAGGAAUCUGGUCGGCUCACACUUAAUACGGAUGGAUGUUCUAAAGGUAAUCCAGGAGUGGGUGCAGGCGGUGGAGUUCUUCGGGAGUCAAAUGGUCUACCUUUGAUUGGUUUCUCGGCAUAUUUUGGGGAAACGACAUGUCUCCUUGCAGAAGCUCGUGCCCUCCUUAUUGGUCUCCAAAUCAGUGCACAUAGGGGUUUUUUGAAUCUCAAUGUGCAAUCUGAUUCGCUGUUAUUAAUUGGAAUUCUCCAGCAUCGCAUUCAUUGUCCUUGGUACAUUAGACGGGUUAUUAGGCAGAUUUGGCAGAUCAUGGAAGAUCCAGAUCGAUUUUCCCACUGUUACAGAGAAGCAAACACAGUGGCUGAUGUGCUGUCCAACGAGGGCGUAUCUCAUCCACAGCAGCAACUCAGGAUAUAUGAGACAUUUAAUACAUUUCCACCUAUGGCUCGUGGAGCAAUUCGUCUGGAUAAGCUAGGAAUGCCUUCAAUUAGGAAAAUUAGGCUUGUGUAA